CCGGCGGCAGAAGAUGGCGGCGGUGCCGACCCUCGCCCGUCGGAUCGCUCGGUCAGGUGUGCGCCCCCUCUGCCGCUGGCCGUUGUCAUGGGGCAGAGCCUCCCGGCAGCCCCCUGGCCUCCCGCUCGCUCCAUGUCGUGCCUUCAGCAACAACAAGAUCCUGGUGGAGCUGGAUGAGAGCUCAGGCGUCGCCAUGAUGAAGUUCAAGAGCCCUCCAGUCAACAGCCUCAGCCUGGACUUCCUCACUGAGUUUUGCAUAAGCCUGGAGAAGCUGGAGAAUGACCGGGCCUGCCGGGGCGUGAUCUUUACAUCUGCUGUCCCCAAAAUCUUCUCAUCUGGCCUGGACAUCACUGAGAUGUGUGGGAAGAGCAUGGAGCACUACGCCGAGUUCUGGAGAGCCGUGCAGGAGAUUUGGCUCCGGCUGUAUGGCUCCAACAUGGUGACAGUCGCUGCAGUCAAUGGGUCCAGCCCGGCGGGAGGCUGUCUUGUUGCCUUGUCGUGUGACUACAGGAUCAUGGUGGAGAACCCCAAAUUCAGCAUUGGCCUGAACGAAGCCCAGCUGGGCAUUGUGGCUCCCUUCUGGUUUAAGGACACAUUUGUGAAUGUUGUGGGACACCGAAUUGCUGAACGCUCCCUUCAGCUGGGCUCCCUCUACCCUGCACCUGAGGCCUUCAAGUUUGGCCUUGUGGACGAGCUGGUGCCAGAGGAGAAGCUCCAGGAGAAGGCUAUGGCUGUUAUGGCACAGUGGCUGGCCCUUCCUGACCAUGCCCGUCAGCUCACCAAGUCCAUGAUGAGGAAGGUGGUGUUAGACCGCCUGGUAGCUCACCGGGAGGAAGACAUUCAGAACUUCAUCAGCUUCAUCUCAAAAGAGUCCAUCCAAAAGUCACUUCGCAUGUACAUGGAGAUGCUGAAGAAGAGGAAGAGCUAAGGAGCCAGCCGCCCGGGGCCCGGUCCCAGGAGCUCAGGUGACCCUCUGAAAUGCUGCAGUAGCUGUAGACUUUCACAGUGAAGCUGUCUGCAGUGUCAGCAAUUGGUGAUAUGCUGCCCGCUCCCAUGGCCGCCCCAACCUCCUCUUCCCCUUAGUCCUCGUAGAGUGCCUGACACCACCACUGCCUUUCCUGAGAGUGGGGAGAGCUGCCUGCUCAGCUCCCUGAG